AUGACGAAGACGAGGAACGAGCCGCUCUACAUCUUCACCGAUUCUUUGGACGAAAAAUUCUUUCUGAUCGACUUCUCGACGUUCCAAGUCUCAACCGAUAUCACCGGAAGCGAUGACGACGAAAUGGCGAAUGCCAAGAUUAGACUGAAAGGAAAUAAAGACUGUCUGAACAUAGAGAAGCACAAUUUCUUUCGCAGGCCAGAAAAGUGUGGCUACUUGAUCUCCAUUGUGACUGCUGGGACCAAAGCAACCGUGAUGGAAAUAGAUCGUGGCAGGCAUCUCCUACGAGUUUACUGUCAUUCGGAGUCUGGUUGUUUCUUGACUAUCUCGUCAGACACGGUGUUCCACGUCGGAGACAAGAAGAAAAUGUACGAAUUAAUGUGUACGGAAUCCGAGAUGGUCGACAAGAUGGCGAAACACAUCAGCAAUUCCCUCAGCAGCGCUUAUCAAGCAUUCGGUACUCAAAGAUACCCAGAGGCCUUAAAGGUUUAUUACAAUAGCUACUUGCCACCCAUCGAGAAACGAAACAAAAUAAACAAGAUGUUCUACAACCAGAUACACGAUUACUUUAUCGACGAACAAGUGCAACUGAUUAAGAAGAUCAUGCCCGAGGAAGAGGUGCCAGAUAUUCUGCGAUCAUUAAGGAUAUUCUUCGUGAACCAUACCAUCGGCUUAGAAUGUUUCACAGCGAUUUCGAUGCUGCUAAAGAGCCUGAAAGACUUGAACGUUGGUAAGAACAUAAUGGAAGAUAAUAAAUCCGAAGAUCAGCAUUCCACGGAUGAAAUGGAUGGUGACAAUAAAGCUGCAGUCGUUAUCCAAUCAUUUUUCAAGAUGAUCACCAUCAGGAAGUACGCACAGAUUCAUAAUCCACGACACGAGCAACACGACGAAAUUCUUCAGAAUUUGCUCAAAGUCGUGGAGCUGUUCAACUAUAACGAACGCGAAUCUUUGGCUAACCAGAUACUGAGAAAUAUUCUGAAACACCAUGACAAGUUGUACGACAUCUACUUCUGCUCCAAUGACUUCGAGUAUACCUUGCAAACGCAAGAAUUGAGAGGUACCUUGACAAACGUCAGACCAAAUCAAUGGCUACCGAUGGUCAGACUAGUGGUGAAUCCUCAGGACUCGGAGACAGUUUUCGCUUGUAUAGAUCUAUUCGUUGGCCUACCAAAGUACAGCGUGCGCGUGUUUAAGAACCAGACAGGUAAAGAAAUACUGCGGGUGGUGAACAACGUGGUUCCACAUCGCUACACGCACGUGAAGCUGGGUUUCACUAUUUUCUGUUACGGCUGGAGCGAGGAUCAGGCCUCGAGAGAGUUACCCUGGUCAUUCCACAUUGUCACCAUGAAAGGACAGCCGGUGUUUAACUUCCUGAUCAACGAGGUGCCAUUGACAGCGAUUACGACACCGCCUGUAUUGCUCAUAGAAGAAUUAUCCGACAACUACAUUCCCAAUUCGAAAAAUUAUAUCUCCAAGUGGAUACUGCGAGCUGUUCAGCCCUGUGUGGUGUCGUUCAGGUUAAGGGUGUCUUAUGAGAAAGUAAGAAUGACACUGAGAGUGACCGACGAGGAGGACCAGGUGUUGUCCCAGGUUAAAGGAAUCUCGGUAGUCAUUUUGCCAAUGGUGUACCUGGAACUUCGAAGCAAGUCCGAGGAAACCGUGGAUGAAACGAAAUCAGAUAUCGGUAUUGACAAGCUCGACAAAAACGAUUUGACACCAUACAGGGUCUAUUACGUGGAAGCAUCGGUGCUUGACAACAGCUGGCCCCUGACGAGGAAAGAAUGGAGCCUGGUAUCGGAGUUUAAGGUGAAACCAACAGGUUCUCUGGUUAAAACGAAGAUACCUCCCUUUCCGAGUACAGCGAGACUAUCAAAAACGGAGUCGCUCAAGUUGAAGAAAAGUUCGAAGCAGUCUGUCAAUAGCGUCCCGGCUCUCCAGUCUCCUUACUGGGUACUCCAAGUGGUCACCGAUUCUGGAAGCGGAUUAGAGAUAUCGCAGGAUAGGACAAAGGAGAAGGAGAUAGCGCGGAUGAAGGAAGCCUGGGCUAAGGAGAAUCCCGACAGCCUGCAACGUGGCAGAGAGCUGCGUGAAGCUUUCAUAAAGAAACACGAGAUGAAACCAAAAUCCUUGACAGGUUCGUUGGAAAGGAAAGACUCGAGUCACUCCGAGAAAUCGUUGACAAAAAGGGACACGCUGCGAUCGUCGAUCGUCGACGCAUCGGAGAUUUCAAUGGCUCAUUUAGAGGAGAGAACCUUGAAGCCACCUUCGGUCCUUCGUAGACUUCCACCCUUGGACCUGACAAUCUACGAGGUGAGAGAGGACGAGGAGGACAAACCGUGGGUGAAGACGGAGCUGGACGAGGAUAUGCUGAGGAACAUUCGUAUGAUGAACAUCAUUUACGCCCAGGAGGACUACAAGAACUUCCUGGAGGACCUGGAGAAUCUGUACAAACAACAGAAACACCAAUACCAGAAGCUGUACGGAAGAUACAAAGAUUCGUUUCUCACGAGAAGAUCUUGGUUCGCAAGCAUAUGCGAGAUUCGAAGGUCCUACAUCGGAGGUCCGAGGGCAGAGGCUGUCUCGAACGCAAAGUCCAGGAAGAGCAACAGGAGCAAUAACAAUACGAAGAGCAAGAAAUCCCAGAGGUCUUAA